AUGGAAAGGAGUCUUAGCGAUGAUUGUUUUGACAUAACAUGGCCUACAACUCCACCCGAAUGCGACGGCGUCUGUAGAGGUGCUGAUGGCCGGGUUGACCAAAGCGGCGUGAAGGCUUCCGGGUGGGCUUAUCUUGACGAAAUUGAAGAGGCUGCCAAACGCGGCUGUCAAAAAUGUGCGGUGGUAUUUCACUGCUGUCGCAAUAUGAAGCCUCUCAAAGGCAGAAUUGACGUCGGUUGUAGCUUUACUAAUCCUGGUCAAAUACAGCAGGUAUGGAAGUGGCUCAAAAAGCGCAGUGAGCACAAGACAAUGGAGCUCCCUACCAUUCAGCUGUACGUUCAGAGCGGGGCACCUAAACCGGCUUGGGACUUCAUCAAGAAUGGACGAUUCCCGAUGACAACUCGACGAGAGGAACACCAAUCAAUACUCGCUGCUUGGGAAACAGAAUGCGAAGCGAGACAUGCCAAUUGUGUCACACGACAUGCGGCACUUCCACGUCGUGUUCUCGACGUGGGCAACAAGAUUGACCCUCGGCUUCUUCUUCAUGUUUCUUCUGAAGAGAUCGGCAACUACGUGGCUUUGAGUCACUGCUGGGGGCCGGAACAUCUACAUCCACCGGAAACAAACCUGUCAAAUCUCAGACAACGCCAGGAGGGCAUCGAAUUAAGUACGCUGCCGAGUACUUUCCGCGAUGCUGUUCUUGUAACCCGAAGUCUCGGUAUUCAGUACUUGUGGAUUGAUUCUUUGUGCAUGGUGCAGGAUGAUAGCUGUGAUUGGCAAACAGAGUCAUCGAAAAUGGCCGGUUAUUACAGCGAUGCCUACCUCGUCAUAGCCGCCGCACAGGCAGAAGAUUCCACCCAAGGGUUUCUCGAUGUCGCAGGCGUCCAUCCACACCUUAAUCCAGACCGCGCAGUUGAGAUUGGACAAAUCACAAACCCAAACUCCACCAUUUCACGCAUUUACAAGAGGCGUUUAAAGAGCGAUUCUUCCGCGACCCGCCACCAUGGGCUGUUGCACGCCGCUCCACUCAAUCAACGAGCGUGGGCUUUGCAAGAGUAUAUAUUGGCCAAAAGGAUUGUACACUUCACCAAAGGCGAAAUGCUCUGGGAAUGUGCAGAAUGUCUGAGAUGCGAGUGCAUGGAGAUGGAUCAUACCACCGAUGACAUCAGCGUGCAUCCAGGCAUCAUGAGAAAAGGCCAAUUCCUUCUACUUCGUUACCAGGAGGACGGAGUCAGCCUUCAUGAACUCUGGCUGGGCUUGUUGGAAGCAUACUCGUCACGAGAUCUAUCAUACGAUUCAGAUUUACUCCCGGCGCUCUCUGGGUUAGCAAAGCUGUGGCAGUCUCGAGGCGCUGGCAAGUACUUGGCUGGAUUCUGGAACGAAUACAUCCUGGAGUCUAUGGUAUGGCAAGUCCUUGGUUUGUCACCUUCCCAGAUCCAGCGUUCAACCGAGUACCGGGCGCCGUCUUGGUCACCAUUCUCGCUAGAAGAAAAGUUUGGCUCCAAGAACCGCAGGACUCGUCUUUCAUUUCGCUUCCCAACUGAUCACCGGAGAUUGGCGGAACGAUGUGCCGUGGUACUGGACGCAGGAAGCACACCCACGGGAGCAGAUCCCACAGGGCAAAUAACAAGCGCAUUCCUUCGAAUUAGGGGCCGAAUCAUCCGAGAGAAUGCUUCAUCUGAACAGCUCAAGCUUCGGGGGGAGGAUGUACACAUAAGAUUCGACGUGGACAUGAACUUCGGUGAAGGAAUUGACCUAACCUUUCUCCUGAUAGGCCACAACACUCUCGGCGGUCUCAUAGUACUUGUCUUACAGCCUUCGAGAAAAAGUGGCGUUUAUGAAAGAGUCGGUAUCACGUCUCGUUAUAACAGAGAAGGAAGCCGAGAGUUGGCCAGUCAGUUUUUAGCAGUCAAGGAGGAAACUGUUGUAGUCAUCUGA